CGCCCCGCCCAACUUCCCUAGUGCGGCUCCGCCCCGGCCGCCAGCGGGCGCAGAGGCUUCUGGAACCCGGACCCACCCGGGACAGUACUGUGGCCCCGCGGAGCCGGCGGAGCAGGUAACUCCAUGCAUUGGAGACCAUGGAUAAAUAUGACGUGAUUAAGGCCAUUGGGGAAGGUGCCUUUGGGAAAGCAUACCUGGCCAAAGGGAAAUCAGAUAGCAAGCACUGUGUUAUAAAAGAGAUCAAUUUUGAAAAGAUGCCCAUCCAAGAAAAAGAAGCUUCAAAGAAAGAAGUCAUUCUUCUGGCGAAGAUGAAACAUCCCAACAUUGUAACCUUCUUCAGUUCAUUUCAAGAGAACAACAGGCUGUUUAUUGUGAUGGAGUACUGUGAUGGAGGGGAUCUCAUGAAAAGGAUCAAAAGACAACGGGGAGUGUUACUUAGUGAAGAUCAGAUUCUGAGUUGGUUUGUACAGAUUUCUCUAGGACUGAAACAUAUUCAUGACAGGAAGAUCUUACACAGGGACAUAAAAACACAGAACAUUUUUCUUAGCAAGAAUGGAAUGGUUGCAAAGCUUGGGGACUUUGGUAUUGCAAGAGUCCUGAACAAUACCAUGGAACUUGCUAGAACUUGUGUUGGAACGCCUUACUACUUGUCCCCAGAGAUCUGUCAGAAUAAACCCUACAACAAUAAAACGGAUAUUUGGUCUCUUGGCUGCGUCUUAUAUGAGCUCUGCACACUCAGACAUCCUUUUGAGGGUAACAACUUACACCAGCUGGUUCUGAAGAUUUGUCAAGCUCAUGUUCCUCCAAUAUCUCCAAGGUUUUCCCAUGACCUACAGUCCUUAAUAUACCAGCUCUUUGAAGUAUCUCCCCGAGAUCGACCAUCCAUUAGUUCCAUUUUGAAAAGGCCCUUUUUAGAGAACCUUAUUGCCAAAUACUUGACUCCCGAGGUCAUUCAGGAAGAAUUCAAUCACACCCUCAGACAUAAAGCAAGAUCGUCUGCUUCUCGACCUGCUGGGAAGGUGGUCCCAGAUUUUAAAAUACAGAAAGUGAGAUUCCAGGGAAAGUGCCUGCCAAGAUCAAGGAUAUCAGUGCCAUUUAAAAGGAAAGACAUAUUAUAUAGAAAUGAAUGGAGACCACCAGCUGGAGCCCAGAAGCCCAUAUCUAUAAAUAUGGUAGAAGGACCCAAACUUGCUGCAGUGUGUGGACAUUAUGAUCAUUAUUAUGCUCAACUUGACUUGUUGAGGAAGAGAGCCAAUGGACAAAAUUACCACUAUGUUCCUCAAAAAGAUACCAGAGUUGAGGAGAAUUAUAAUCAGGAAGAAAGCCACAGUCCAUCUCCAGGUCAAUGGCUUGCUGAAUACCUUCAGAGGAAAUGUGAAGCUCAACAACAUAAGCUGAAAGUGGAAAAGCAAUUGGGUAUUCGUCCAUCUUCCGCUGAGCCAAAUCACAACCAGAGACAAAAGCUAAGAAGUAAUGGGGAAGAGCCUGGAUUCCAGGAGCUGCAGUUCAGGAGAAAUGAAAGGAAGGAACAGGAAUACUGGAAACAGCUAGAAGAAAUACGCCAACAGUACCACAAUGAUGUGAAAGAAAUUAGAAAGAAGAUGGAGUGUGAACUGGAGGAAGACUCAACAAUAAGUCAUAAAACGUAUUUGGUGAAGAAGAGUGACCUGCUCAUCCACCAAGAGGCACCUGAGGAGGAAGCACCUGUGCAGGAUAUUGAAAGAGACUUGAAACAAACUGGACUUCAGAACACAAAGGAAAGUAAAAUUCCAGAACAAAAACAUAAAGCUAAGAGAGGGGUAAAGUUUGAAAUUAAUUUAGACAAAUGUAUUUCUGAUGGAGACACCCUCCAAGAGGAAGAGGCAAUGGAUAUACUGAGUGAAACUUUGACCUUUGAGGACGGCAUUAAGUUUAAGGAAUAUAAAUGUAUAAAGGAGCACGAAGAUUAUACAGACAAAGCAUUUGAAGAACUCUGUUGCCUGGAAGCAGAUGCUGCCGCUGCAGAGGACAGGAGACAGUGGGAUGCUGGGCCUCCUCAGACUCUGCUACAGAUGAUGGCCGCGGCCGACGUCACCUCCACCGGCUCCACUGUGCCUGAGGACGGCCGAGUGAUUGUGAUUGAAGGCAUUCCAGAAAACAGGAAACAGUGGCGGCUUGAAACACCGGGAACUUUAAUGAGUGUUUUGACAGCAGCACAUCUAACAAGUAGCUCAUUUUCUGCCAACGAUGGAGAAUUUGCUCCAGUUGCCCUGCUGGAAAAUGAGGGACCGUGUGGAACAGAGAGACAAGCCAUCCCAAGUGGAGCCAUGCUAGACCAGCCAACCUCCAGGUGGCCAGUGGGACCAUUAAAACAAUGGCUUCCUAAAGAAGAUGAGGGGAAGGUAGAAGUGGCCUCUGACAUCGAAGUAGAUGAAGAACAACCAGAACCAAGAUCUGAUGAUGAUGAUACAAAUUUUGAAGAAUCUGAAGAUGAGUUGAGAAAUGAAGUAGUAGAAUCCCUGGAAAAACUCUCUACUUCCAAAGAGGCAGAAAAAAGGGAAGAGGUUUCCAGUUCCUCUAAGGAUGGAAAAGAAAGAGAGGGGAUAGGCAUACAGAAAUAUGCAGAAUUAAAUGAAGGUUUGGAGAGUAUUUUUACUCCAUCUGAUGACAAAAUUUGUAUUGUUGAUGAAGACCCAGGAACAUCAACCACCAGUCAAAAUAUACAAGUGUGAUUAUUGAACUUUUUCUUAAGUAACAAGUUAGUAUCUAUUACAGCAUCUAUUCGGGAACAGUCAUAAAUAUACAUUUAUUGUAAGGGUUUUCCAGUAAUCCCAAGGCUUUAUUAGUUUUCUUCUCAAUUUAGACAAUAGGACUAACUUCUGAAUGUAGAAAUUAAUAUUUUUACGCUAAGAAAUCUUUCAGAUAAUAUAUGUGGUUGGCAGAGUAAUGUGGCUCCCCUCACCCCACAUGCACCCAAAGAUGUGAAUAUAUUUUUACCUGGCAGAGGGGAAUUAAGGUUGCAGAUGGAAUUAAGGUUGCUAAUCAGCUGACCUUAAAAUAGGGAGGUUAUCUUGGAUUAUUCAGGUGGGCUCAAUGUAAGCACAAGAGUCUUUGAAAGUGGAGGAGGGAGGGAAAGGAGAGAACCAGAGAGGUGGCAGCUGAGAGGGAUUCAGCUUGAUGCUGCUGCCUUUGAAGAUGGAGGAAGGGGCCACAAGCCAAGGAAUGCAGGCAGCCUCUAGAAGCUGGGAAAGGCAGGGAAAUGGAUUCACCCCUAAGGCCUGCUGAAGGAAUGCAGCUCUGCCAACGCCUUGGUUUUAGCCUAGUGAAAUCCACUUUAGAUUUCUGACCUAUGGAACUGUAAGAUAAUAAAUUUUUGUUGUUUUAACUAAGUUUGUGGUCAUUUGUAACUAGUGAUAGAAAACUAAUAUACAAACUCAUUCAUUUAAAAUAAUGAAUCUGUCGUUUUAUAAAACCAUGACUUUGAAAUUUCUUAAGGUAUACUAAACAUGCUUUUCUGAAGCUGAUGUUGACACUUACAGGAGUAAGGUAAUUGAGCAAGGAGAGGAACAAGGCAUGUCAAUUAUGUACCAAAUAAUGUAUUGUUUCAUUGAAUUAUUUUCUAAUAGUUUCAAAUGUAUAGAUUAUAAACUUCUGGAAGGCAGGGACUAUACUGGUCUUUGUUUCUUAUGAUGAUCUUUUUAUAUAUAGUGCUUAGCACCAUGCUAGAAAUGUUUCUUAAUUGAGUAAGUAAAUACUAAUAAAAUUUCCUCAUUAAGACUGUAAGCUCUUUGAGGCAGGAAACUAGACUUAAACUUUUUGUAUUAAUUAUAACAAUCCCAGUGUUGAACAUGUGCCUGGAGCUUAGUAGAUAUUUGUUGAUUUGUUGUACCUGCUGUUAUGAAGGACAAGAGUGGUUAUAUCUAAGUGGUAGAAUUUGGCCUGAAAUAUCUGGUCUAUAAUGAAAAUAAAACUUAAUUGGCACAUUGAUGCAUUGCUGAACCAAGUAAACAAAGAUGAGGAGUGGUUGGUCAAAUUAUUCCUAAGGUCUGCUUAGCAUUUACAUUUGGUAUAAUAUUAAAUGUGGAGAAUGUAAGUAUCAAUUUCCCUAACUGGGAUGUGUCCAGUCUUUUAUAUCUUUAUUUAUUUUCCUGGUGAUGUCUGAGGGGCUGUUCUUCCAACUUGGUGUAUAGAGUACAUUCUACUCUUUUAGGGCUCAAUAUGGUCACAUCAUGAGGCUAAGAAUAUUUAACAAUUUCUCAUCAUUAUGUUAGUUUCAAACUAGGUAACACAUGACCCUGAGGGAUUGAAGCAUCUUUAAUUCUACAGCUCUUUUAGUGGUCAGUAUAUACAUGUUUAAUUUACUUUCAGGACAUUAUCUGGUUCAGACACUGAAUCUGCUGGUAUCAUUCUCAUUCUAAACAGUACCUGGAAGCAUGGAAAAUGAAACAUGGUUCCUGAAAAAUCCCAAAGAUCAAUUAUAUACAGGAAAAAAAAAAAAGAAAAGGAAUGUUUAAGGUCAGUGUUUAAGAAUAAACAUAUCAGGUUUGCUCCAAUAACAAGAUGCUUGGCUAAAAUCUCCUUUAGGUAACAGCCACCCACCCUUAUCAUUCAUUCUAAGAUUUUGAGUUCUUUGCUGUAAAUUAGGAAGUAUUCAAUGUGAUAAGUAUGCAUAUCUGCAAGGUUUUUCAACCUGCUCCAGCCCAAUUCACCUUACCUAUCUUACACACACCGUUACCUUAAUCAUGUUCUUGAGGCCCAGUUCUGAUUGCUUUACUCUGGUUUUAGGCUUGGCUACAUCUGUUAAAUUGAAACUACUGAUCAGACCUGCAUAUGUCUUUAGAAUAAAUUUUUUUAGAAAAAUCAUGCAUUUUGGUAACUAUGUAUGAUAUCUAUCAAUCAACUUGAUCAUUCUUUAAAUAGUACCAAGAAGUGUUAUCAACACUUAACCUCCCUUCUAAGUGUCUUGUAACAGUUAUGCAUGAUCCAAACGAGCACAUAGCACUAGAGUAUUGGAACUGAUGCUUCUCCAAAGCCAAGGGUGGCCUUAAUUAGGGUGGGGAAAGAGGAAUAGUGGGUGAGGUAGGGCAAAUCACAUGGGCAUAAUUUGAUUCUAGUAAUUUGCAUAGCUUCUUGUUGUGGUUUAAUGGAAGUAACUUUUUAAAUUUUUAUUGGAGUAUAGUUGAUUUACAAUGUUGUGUUAGUUUCUGCUGUACAGCAAA